CACGUAUUCCUAUAUCUUCCAGUCUGUUCCUGUACUUCCUGUACUUCCUCCGUGUUUAUUUAGAAUUCUUAUUCUGAAACUGCCACCAUUUGUCUUGCUAUACUUAUAGUUACUAUCGUCAGGAAUAUGGAAAGUAAAGUGGUAUUUGUACUGAUACUGGCUCUCUCAGUGGGGCUGUAUUGGAAACUUAGCCCAGUCUCAGUGUCUGAUUCCCAGUACAAAUCAGCACUGAAAGACAAGGUAGUACUACUCUGUCACGCUAGCUCAGGGGUUGGGGAGCAGCUAGCAUACGAGCUAGCUAGACACGGAGCUAAACUUCUCCUGGUGACCAGGACAGGGCGGUCAGAAUCCCUCAGCAACAAACUAACUCUGCAUCAUUCCUACACUGACUCUGACAAGGCUAAUGAGAGUGCAGUAGCGCAGCUCCAGAUCAGCGCUCAAACAUUCACGCUGCUACAAGCGGUACGAGACCAGGCUCUCAAGCUGGGUAGUCCUCAGGUGGAGAUAUUAUCAUUCGACUUCGGGGAGGUGAAAAGUGGGCACACCCUGGUGGAUAGAGCGGUGGAGUCACUAGGGGGACUGGACUUUCUCAUACUUAACCAGGAGGAGAUAGCUAGGGGUUACCUGGUUAAAGGAGGCCGACCUAUCGACCACAACUUCGUACAGAGGACCUUCAGUGUCAACCUGCUCAGUUCCAUUGAGAUAUCGCUAAAAGCCAUGCCUCAUCUAGAGAAAAGCAAGGGACACAUAUUUGUAGCGUCAUCCGCUCUGGGAGAGGUCCCUAAGUCUGGGCUAUCAGUGCUCUCCGCUACCAAACACGCUCUCAACGGCUUCUUCUACAGUCUACAGCAGGAGUUGAAAGAAAAGAAGUCAGCAGUAACACUGACAGUGGGUGCUCUGGGAGAGAUAGCAGCGGGAGAUAGGAUGCCCCUGUUUACGCUGCCUGACUGGAUGGUAGGAGAGAAGGAGGAGUGUGCUGCCGGGAUCCUACACUCUCUUAUAACACGUCCUACUACCUUUACUUACCCCUCUCUUCAUCUCAACGCAGCUAGGUUAGCUUGGUUUCUGGGCUAAAUUAUCAGUUUUAUUGAACAUUAUUAACUUUUCAUACUGCCUCUCCAGAGACAGCUUGAGCGGGUAAAAGAGACCAUUUUAUUAUGUAUCUACGAGAUGAUGUGUAUAUAUUUUCUUACUAAGUUCUUUGUUGGUUGUAAAUGGUUUAUUG